AGUCAUUCACAUUCGGGAGUUUUAAAAUCCCGAUAUGGAUAAAAUUUUAAUAUUAUCUAUUAAAUUAUGAAACUUACUUGUUUACUUACACAAAUUCCGAUGCCAAUAAACAUUAAUGUAAAACUUUAAUUGUUAAUGAAUAAAAUGUAACCCUAAUGAGGUUAACUGCGUACGUGGGAAAGUACAUGCCCCGUACAAUCCAACAAAAGCAAUGUCGGAGACUGAUUUUUUAUAUGUACAUCCUAACAAAUCUAAUCGAUAUAAUAGCGGAGAAAAAUAUGAGUUCAAACGUACACAAACGCGAAAUUUAUCCCAAUGCAAUUCAAUAGAACCAUUGGAAAGAAAUAAUUUUCGAAGAAAUCGAGAAAAUGAAAGAAAAUAUCUGGAAAAACUGAAGGUAGAAAGACAGUUAGCUGCUAUCAAUUCAAAAAAAAAAUCUUGCGACGAAGAUUCGGAGGAGGAAAGAAACAGUUUUCGAAAAAAUCUAGAAAAUGAAAGGAAAUAUCUGGAAAAACUGAAAGUAGAAAGACACUUAGCUGCUAUAAAAAAAAAACCUUGCGAAGAAGAUUCGGAAGAUGAGAGAAAUAAUUUUCGAAGAAAUCGAGAAAAUGAAAGAAAAUAUCUGGAAAAACUGAAAGCAGAAAGACAGUUGACUGCUAUCAAAAAAAAACCUUGCGACGAAGAUUCGGAGGAAGAAAGAAAUAGUUUUCGAAAAGAUCUAGAAAACGAAAGGAAAUAUCUGGAAAAACUGAAAGCAGAGAAACAGUUGGCUGCUAUCAAAAAAAAACCUUGCGACGAAACUGAAGAAGAAGAAGAAAGAGUUAGUAAUUCAUGGUUCUUUCAAUGUUGUAGGAGAAAGAGAUUACCUGUGAAAAAAGUCCAUAAAAAAAGGCCAACUUUCUGGCAACGCGUCAGAGGAAAAUUUAGAAAGAAGAAAGUAAAGAAGGCCACUUUUGAAGAAGAUGAUGAGAAAAUAAAACGGAAAAAGAAAAAAGAGAAACCCGAGUAUGAGAUUGACAAGCCAGAUAAAGUCGAAGAUGUACCUCCUGAAACUAAGGAAAUAGAUUUCACGAAAAGCUGUUGUUAUUUAUGCGCCAAAAAUACGAUGGCAAUCGCGGCAGCACUUUCCAAAGGUGAGAAAUUUCACAUAUCUAUACAAGCAUCGACAAAAGAAAUAGCAACUUCCGACAAAAGCUGCAGUCCAACUAUAUAUGUCAGAACUGUACAAUCAUCCGUUAAGGUAAGAACGCGCGAUAUAGGGACUUCGUUCCCUGAGAAGAAAAAAGAAAAGAAAGUGAAAAAACCAAAGCCAAAAUUCAAAAUUCCGAAGAGGCUCCAGGCUAUGAUCCCAAAAUUAAGAUUUCCCAUGUAUCCAAAAGUACAAACGGUUGCUUGUGAAACAGAUAAAUCGAUGAUACCACAAUGUAGGGCAAGACAAGGAGUCAACUGCGUAACGGAAGCCAAAGUAGCGAUGCAAGCAAAACUGAAAGCUGAUAAACUUAACCAAAAUUGUACAAAUAAGAAUUUUGUAUAAAUUAUUUAACGCUAUAGUUUCUUUUAAUCGUUUUUGAUAUACAGUUCAGUACUUUGAUAUUCAGUUUAACAGAAUUUUAUGUGAAUAAUUUAUUGCAUCAGAGUUAUACGACGUAAUAUGUCCAUUCAAUAUAAAUGAAAUAAAUUUAUAUGAAGUUAAAAAAUUAUAUAAACCUCGUAUAUUUUUUUCGCUUAUUUUUAUGUAAUAAAUAAUUUAAACGUAUUUUAUAAUAUUCGAUAUUUUCCAUAUUCUUUAAACUCUAUUCUUUAAUCUUUAAUAUUAAACAAACACAUCGUAAAGAUUAAAGAAAAACAAAGAAUUUUUAAAAUUUCUAUUUAUUAUAGUCGCAACUUAUGUACACAAAAUUUCCAUCUUAUGCAUUAUUGACAACAUAAAUUUAUAUUUUACAGUCGAACAUCUAAUUAGCGAAAAUUAUCAAUAAAGAAAUACGUUGUACAUACGUUUUUUCGUUGAAUAAAAUAACGAUAGCGUAAGAUAAAAUACGAUAACGUAAAGUAAGGUAGGCUCACUGUUAUUUCACACGUACAUCGGAAUAUUAUGUUUUGCGAGAUCGUCUUAAAGAUACAUUGUAAAGUCGAGAAAAUAACAUUCAUAUUUUUUAUAUCAAAGAUUAGGACAUAUUAGAUAAAUUAUUAUUAAAAUUAUUAGAUAAAUUAAGAUUAGACAUAUUAGAUAAUUCCACGUUGACAUUCCAUACUUGGUGUAAUAUCACGAAUGCCAAAAGUAACUGUAGAUAAAGAGAGGAAAUAAUGCGAUAAGAACGAAAAUGGAGUAAAAAUCGCGAAAUCAACGCCAUCUCUAGAAUGUCAC